GAACCUUGGUAACCAGGCAACCCACUGGUUAGAGCAAGGCCUGCAGGCUCACUUGUUAGAGACAGUAGAGAGGGCAGGAUGUUCUCUUGCUGUCUUCGGACUACUCGAGGCUCAGGCCUCAAGAAAGACAACAGGCAGGGCCUUGAUGGUGUCUGGAGGCACAGGCUUCAGUCUUACCUUCAAUGCCUAUGGCCAUUUUCCCAAAGGGGAAAUAAUUUGACCAAAGCCAGCCAAGGAGUGGCCCACACAGACCUGGAUGAAAAGGUUUCUGCUCAAAAGAGUCUGAUGGAGCCCAAGGCACUGACUGUGGUUGAGCAGAUGAGCACGCUGGUUCCUGCUCUGAAUGAAGGGGACCCCUUGGUUGUCCUAGCUUUUCUGUCUAAAUAUAAAAGUUCUGCCACAACCCUUCAGGUAUUGGACCUGCUGUUUGUGAGGUACGCAUACUUCAGCCCUCAUUCUCAAGAGGAUGAACAAGUAAAGAACAUGCUUGUUAACUUCCUGGAAACAUGGAUGGACAAGAACCCUGAGGACUUUUGUGAACUGUCAGACCUGUUGCCUCUGAAAUACCUGAAGGGCUACUUGAGUGUGUACAUGCCCCACUGUGAUCUUAGUGUCCGUGUCAAGAGGCUGCUGACACAGUUGGAGGAAGAACAUGCCAAGGAUUCCCAGGCCAAAGAUGAGGAAGACUCAGAUCUGCGGAGAUACACAUCCUCAGAACCACAGAUUGAAUGGGUUUAAACCAACAGGGAAAAGAGACAAUCUGGAGGCUGAACCAACAUGUGCACCAGGACUGGAGGGCAGAAAACCCUCUAAAAGUUUCUGUGACACAUGACACUUUGCAGCCAAAUGUGUCAACAGCAGCCUAGAGAGCACACAUGAUAGCAGCUGUCCAACCUGUGCCCCAGUAUGUCUGUAGAAACAAUGUAUCUUUCAGUCAUCUCCUGCUUGUUACAGUGGGACUACCUAUUUAGAAAAUAGCACUGUCACCUGUGAUCUUUGAUUGGUAUCCAUCAUAUAUCUGAUCUGCGGCUCCUUUCACUCAUGAUCAGCUGCUGACUUCAAUCCAGCAGCAGUUCCAACCCCACAGCCAGCCUUCCCCUCCCAUGAGAAAGAGCCCUUUUAUUCCUUCUGAUAUUUCAAUGUUGUGUUUAUUUUAAGUAUUGGUUUUAAUAAAUUGUUAGUAUUGGUGUA